AGAGAGGAGAUCUGGAACUUGUUUUGUCUCCCAGGAUAUUCGCAGCUCUUAAACAUGUCUGGAUUCUUUGAGAGCAUGAGGUGCUCGGAAUGCAUUGAUUGGGGAGAAAAGAGGAAUACAAUUGCUUCUAUUUCUGCUGGGUUACUGUUUUUUACAGGAUGGUGGAUUAUUAUAGAUGCUGCUGUUAAAUACCCCAAAAUGGAAGAGUUCAAUCAUUCAUACCAUGCUUGUGGAGUUAUAGCUACUACUGCAUUCCUCAUGAUUAACGCUGUAUCCAAUGGCCAAGUGCGUGGGGACAGUUACAGUGAAGGAUGCCUUGGGCAAACAGGGGCUCGCAUCUGGCUGUUCAUUGGCUUUAUGUUGGCGUUUGGGUCACUGAUUGCAUCUAUGUGGAUCCUCUUUGGAGGCUAUGUUAUUAAAGAAAAACAAGAGGUAUACCCAGGAAUAGCAGUCUUCUUCCAGAAUGCUUUUAUCUUUUUUGGCGGUCUGGUGUUUAAAUUUGGUCGCACUGAAGAUUUGUGGCAGUAAGUGAUGGAGUGUCUGUUUACCUGUUUAAUUUCCCAUUCCCGUUUUUUAUAAAAAGCUCUUGCUCUGGUCACCGGUGAAGAUGAAAAUGGUCUGCACUUUAAAAA